GCUAAGCGUUUGACUUUGCACACUUCACAGAGGAUCCUCUCUCUCUCAUAUUAAAAAAGAGUCACAUCGUUGAGCGUUGAGAAAUGCUAGCGUCGAUUUUACGCUCCUCCUCCUCAUCUGGAUCGCUUCUCAAAACUUCUACAGCAACCUUCUCCACGUUUCACAAGCUUACCUCCUCAAUUUCUCGAUUCUCGGUCCGCUCCAUGGCCGCUUCUGCCUCCUCCCCUUUCAAGAAAAUCCAAAUUCAGAGGGGCGACACUGAAUUUGAUGCUUAUGUUGUGGGGAAAGAUGGUGCCCCUGGAAUUGUUGUGCUCCAAGAAUGGUGGGGAGUGGAUUAUGAAAUAAAGAAUCAUGCUGUAAAGAUAUCUGAGCUCGGUACUGGUUUCAGGGCACUUAUUCCAGAUUUGUAUCGAGGAAAGGUUGGAUUAGAUGCCGCUGAAGCACAACAUCUGAUGGACGGUCUCGACUGGCAAGGUGCUGUGAAGGAUAUACAGGCUUCUGUCAACUGGCUCAAGGCUAAUGGCUCAAAGAAGGUCGGUGUAACUGGGUACUGUAUGGGGGGUGCUCUUUCUAUUGCAAGUUCUGUUUUGAUCCCUGAUGUAGAUGCUGUUGUUUCGUUCUAUGGAGUUCCUUCACCAGAGCUUGCAGAUCCUGCCCAGGCCAAGGCACCUGUUCAGGCUCAUUUUGGAGAGCUCGAUUCUUUUGUUGGCUUUUCCGACGUGACGGCUGCUAAGAAACUGGAGGAAAAGCUGAAAGAAUCAGGAAUUCCAUAUGAGGUGCAUAUAUAUAAAGGAAGUGGACAUGCUUUCAUGAACCGAUCCGAAGAAGGUGUGAAGAGGAGGAAGAACAUGGGAAUGAACGACGAGGACGACAAUGCAGUUGAAUUGGCGUGGUCUCGGUUCCAAUCCUGGAUGUCAAAAUACUUGUCAGCUUGAACUGGCAUGUGUUCCAUUCCAUUCCCCCCUUUGUCCUAAUUUUGGCUUCCUAGUUUGUAGCUAAACAUGUUUGGUUGUGUAUGUGUUGCUUUCUCUGAAGUAUGCUUGUUGGAAAGUAUAUGAAUAUUAUGAUGGUAUGUAUGUUUGAAAUAUGAACCCCUAUCAUCAAUUUCCCUCUCCUUUGUUUCUAAA